AUGACCAAGAUCACAGCAAAUGAAUUUUCAGGCGCAACGUUUAGGCCCCAGCAGUUUAUUCGAGCCGAAAGGCUCGGUUCUAAGGUGAAUGUAGAUCAGCUCAAUCUGUUCGUGGAGUCCAGUCCAGAAAAUGCCAAACUGACUCGGGACCUUAUCACACAAGUUACGAUGGAUCCUGUCCUUAAGACGGGCUCCGAGUACUACGAGUUGGACAAAAGUCAACAUCGCGAGGCCACUGCUUUGAAAAUUGCCAAGAUGGCUUCAUACAUGGAACAAGACAUACAGAUGGCAUUCAAAAAAUACCGGAACCAUGACGUGGUGAAAAGCUUACAAACCGAUAGCGAGUUCCCCAUCUUGACUGCGAAGGACCUGUCGAUAUUUGACAAGCGGUUGUCGAUUAUCUCGAACCAGGAUCCGCAGCUGGGAACUAGGAUCGGAGUUCACCUAGGAUUGUUUGGAAACUGCAUUCGCGGUAAUGGAACCGAUGAACAGAUCCGCUACUGGCUCCAGGAAAAAGGUGCGUUAUUCCUUAAGGGAAUCUACGGCUGUUUCGCGAUGACUGAGCUGGGGCACGGUUCCAAUGUUGCUCAAUUGCAAACGCGUGCAGAAUUUGAUUCUGAAACGGAUUCCUUUAAGAUUAACACUCCAGAUCUACCGGCUACAAAGUGGUGGAUUGGAGGUGCUGCACACACAGCUACACACGCUACUGUCUAUGCAAGACUUAUCGUGGACAAAAAGGACUAUGGUGUCAAGACCUUUGUAGUACCGCUAAGAGACCCUACGACGUUCCAGCUUUUGCCCGGGGUAUUUAUUGGGGAUAUCGGUGCGAAGAUGGGGCGGGACGGUAUCGACAACGGGUGGAUUCAGUUUCAAAAUGUGGUGAUACCUCAUGAGUACAUGCUGAGCAGAUUCACGCGUGUGAUAAACAGUGGUGGAAGUCUCCGAGUGGAGACUGAGCCAACGCUUGAUCAGAUUUCUGGAUAUAGUGCCUUGCUGAACGGAAGAGUAAACAUGGUAAUGGACUCCUUUAGGUUUGGUUCGAAAUUCGCCACAAUAGCCAUUCGUUACGCCGUAGGUAGACAGCAGUUUGCUCCCGAUAACGACAAGACCGGGAAAGCGUCUGAAGUGCAGCUAAUGAACUAUCCAUUGCAUCAAUAUCGGGUACUUCCGCACCUGGCGGUCGUUUAUCUUAUCUCUCCUGCUGCCUUCCAACUUAUGAGCACUUACCACUCAACGCUGGACGCUCUGUAUAAAGCGUCUUCCUCUGGUGAUAAACGCCAGUUGCAAUCUGUGAGCCUUAAACUGAAGGACCUGUUCAUUGACAGCGCCAGUUUAAAAGCAACCAACACUUGGCUAGUCGCUACAGUGAUUGACGAGCUACGGCAAGCAUGCGGAGGACAUGGUUAUUCCGCGUAUAAUGGUUUUGGAAAGGGGUACAACGACUGGGUCGUUCAGUGCACUUGGGAAGGUGACAACAGCAUCUUGUCUUUGACGUCGGCAAGAAGUAUCUUGAAGAAGUUCACAGACCUCGCCCAGGGCAAGGUGCAGAAGUCCGAAUCAUUCCGAUACUUGGAUCCCCAGUCCGUCAUGGAUAUUCUGAAAGGUAGUAAGACUGCUAAGCUCGAGAGCAUGAACGAUUAUUUCGAGGUGUGGGGAAUUAUGUUGGUGAAGAUGCUGCACCAUUGUGUGAACCUGGUAAAGCAGACAAAAAGCACUGAUUCCAUUUCAAAGCAUUUGUUGUUGAUUUCUCGCUUCCAUGCAUUCCAUUCCAUGUUGCGAGUAUUUUCCCUAAAACUGCAAAGUUCAGCUGAUUCGCACGUACAAGAUGAAAACAGUCGCGAACUGCUGUGGAAGCUUUACCGCCUAUUCUCAGUCUAUUUUAUUGACAAGUAUUCUGGUGAAUUUCAACAGUUCAAAGUUUUCACUCCAGACCAAAUCUCAAAGCUAGUGCAGCCACAACUGAUUGGACUAUUGCCAGAGGUGCGCAAGGAAUGCAUUGCGUUGACCGAUGCAUUCAAAUUGCCAGAUGCAAUGCUAAAUGCCCCAAUUGGCUACUAUGACGGAGAUAUUUACAAUAACUAUUACAAUGAAGUGAUCAAAAAUAACCCACCGGAACCGGACGGACCAGGGAAGCCUGCCUACCAUGGUCUUUUAAGAACUAUGCUAGAACGCGGAUUUCAAGGUGUUGAAAAUUUGGAGAAGUUGGGAAGCUAG